AUGGCAAAAGUAUUCCCGCCGGAGAAAUUGCGAGGUGUUGCGGCUGAGGUUGCGGCUUUGCUGAAGGAGAAGCGCCAGAGUGUCUGUGUGGGCGAAACGGCCGCUGGUGGGAUUAUCUCCGCUUCCCUCCUUAGUACGCCCGGAGCGAGUGGGUUUUAUAAGGGUGGUUUGACAUCUGAUGCAAAUCAACUAUCUAAUCUCUUUGGCAAUACAGCUGGUUGGACCCAAGAAAACAUAACCAACUACCGUGGACCUACUCCAGACAUUGUCGCCGGCUUAGCAACCAAUGUCCGCGCCAAACUAGGUGCCACAUACUGCAUCUCUGAAUCAGGAACGGCCGGGCCAACAGGCGGUAAUACACCAAACAGGACCCCGGGAUACUUGGCCCUAGCCGUAGCAACCGAUGAUGGGAAGGUCUAUAAAAAAGAGACCAAUACCGGCCUUGGCGGCGAUAGGGAGGCGAACAUGAUUGCCUUUGCGGAGGAGGCAUUAAGCUUGCUUAGAGAUGUUAUUAAGGGAGAUACGAAGUUGUGA